AUGUACAUUGGCUGGAUUCACCAUUACGCUCCAAAGCUAUUAGGAUUUUUGGCGUUUAUAGUGAACCCGGUGUUUGUGUAUCUAGUGUUCAGUGGUAAAUCUAUUUGCCUCGGAAACUAUCGUUUUCUUUUACUUUAUUUUGCCUGUUUCAAUGUGAUAUACUCGACUCUGGAAAUCGCGGUGCCGAUAGGAAUAUCUGGAUACCGCUACUGUUUUUAUCUGCUUCUAACGGAUGGUCCCUUUGAAAAAGCAUCAAGUUUCAAUCAUUUUGUUCUAACCGUUCGGUGCUCUAUGCUGGCAUCUAGCUAUUCUAUUCUUAUCAGCCAUUUCGUAUUCAGAUAUUUGGUGAUCCUCAGAUCAAAGUACACCAGCACCCGAUUCCGUUUUUUCAUGACUGGAUCUUUCGGAUUAUGUGCUGCCUAUGUUCUGUUUUUUGGGUGGGUUUGUGAAAGUUGGUUAUAUGCUCCGAAAACGGUGAAGAGUUACAUAAGGAACGCUUUUCGAGAGGAGUAUGGAGCAGAUCCUGCUGAUUUCAACAUGCUUUCAGCUAUCUAUAGUGAAGCAAGUGGAGAAGACGAAUUCCGGAGUUGGAUUGGGGUCCUGAUGCUAGUCUUCAUGUCGAGUGCAUCAAUCUCAACAUAUGUCUUUUUUGGGUAUAAGAUUAUGAGAAAACUCAACGAUUCUCGAUCUCAUACAAUGAUGAGUCAAGAGACGGCAGUAUUGCAAAGAAAACUUUUGAUUGCUCUUACUGUACAAACGAUUAUUCCAAUUUGUAUCAGUUUCAUGCCAUCUCUUGUCGCAUGGUUCUCUCCAGUCUUCAAUUAUAAUAUGGGAAGAGCAUUCAACUACACUGGAACAAUUGCAUUAUCCGCUUUCCCGUUCUUGGAUCCAGUCGCCAUCAUAUUCUUUCUUCCGAUUCUAAGACAGAGGCUGUGGAAAACGAAGCGAAGUGAACAGGCAACAACGGCAGUGUCGUUUACAAUGAAUAGUGUUUAG